UGGGUGAGCCCCGGGAUGGCUCCGUGCUGCGUUCCGCCGGGGCUCCCGCUGCCUGGCCCGGCCCUAUCGGGCCGCCCGCUCCCGGGCCCCGCCUCGGCCGCGGGCCCGCCCCGGCCACAGUCCGCUCGCAGCAUGGAGCCGCAUCCCAGCUUCCGCGGCCGGCGGGCCCUGGUCACUGGGGCCGGCAAAGGGAUCGGGCGCGCCGUGGCCGUGGCGCUGAGCAGGGCCGGGGCCCGCGUGACCGCGCUGAGCCGAACGGCGGCGGACCUGGAGAGCCUCGUGCGGGAGUGCCCGGGCAUCGAGCCCCUCUGCCUGGACCUGGCGGACUGGGACGCGGCGGAGGCGGCGGUGGGCGCGGCGGGGCCCUUCGAGCUGCUGGUGAACAACGCGGCGGUGGCGGAGCUGCAGCCCUUCCUGGAGGUGACGCGGGAGGCCUUGCAGAGGUCUCUUGAUGUGAAUUUUGGGGCUGUGCUUCACGUUUCCCAGAUCGUUGCUCGGCAGAUGAUCGCGCAGGGAGCGGCAGGGGCUAUUGUGAAUGUCUCCAGCCAGGCCUCGCAGCGUGCGCUGAGGGAUCACGCCGUUUACUGUUCCACAAAAAGUGCUUUGGAUAUGCUGACCAAGGUAAUGGCAAUGGAACUGGGACCCCACAAGAUUAGGGUGAACACUGUGAACCCCACCGUGGUUAUGACUGACAUGGGGAGAAUUAACUGGAGUGACCCUCAGAAAUCCGCUGCCAUGAUUAAUCGGAUUCCCCUGGGAAAGUUUGCAGAGGUGGAUGAUGUGGUGAACAGCAUUCUCUUCCUGCUGAGUGGCAAGAGUGCUAUGACAACUGGCAGCUCACUGAUGGUUGAUGGGGGCUUUCUUGUCUCCUAAGAUGGCCCCUGCAUUUCACCUCGGCCUUAAUUUCCCUACUGGUACUGCAUAGAUGUAAACUGGAUAGAAAACAAUGACACAGACAUAAUCUUGCUGGAGGGGCAGCAGAGCUGGAGCCUGUAGGAGAAGUGAGGCAGAAAAUAACCUUUGGAAGGCUGCUAUAUAAUAAAGCUCACAUACAUCGUCA